AUGGAGUCUGCGCCGGCGGCGGCCUUCAUGGAGCGGGAGCGCCUCACGGCGGAGGUGACAUUCUCCGGGGACGCGCAGGCGGCGGCCUCGUCCGAGGGCGCCGAGCGGCUGCCCACCAGCAUCAUCAUCAAGAUCCGGCGCCGCCUCCCGGACUUCGCCCGCUCCGUCAACCUCAAGUACGUCAGGCUCGGGCUCCGCCACGGCGGCAGCCUCACGUCCUACCUGCCCAUGCUGUGCGUGCCGGUGCUCGCCGCGGCCGCCUACUCCUUCGUCCGCCUCGACGUCAUCUACCUCUCCAUCGACCUGCUCAGCUGCGUCGCCUGGCUCGGCACCGCCAUGCUGCUGCUCACCGUCUACUACUUCAAGCGGCCUCGCCCGGUCUACCUCGUCGAGUUCGCGUGCUACAAGCCGGAGGACCAGAACAAGAUCACCAAGGAGGCCUUCCUCGACAUGACCGAGAGCACCGGCUGCUUCAAUGACGAGACGCUCGCGUUCCAGACCAAGAUCACCACCCGCUCCGCGCUCGGCGACGAGACGUACCUGCCCCCCGGCGUCCAGGCGCGCCCGCCGAGGCUCAACAUGGCCGAGGCGCGGCUGGAGGCCGAGGCGGUCAUGUUCGGCUGCCUGGACGCUCUGUUCGAGUCCACCGGGAUCGACCCGCGCCGCGACGUGCGCAUCCUCAUCGUCAACUGCAGCCUCUUCAACCCGACGCCGUCGCUGGCGUCCAUGAUCAUCCACCAUUACAAGAUGCGGGAGGACGUCAAGUCGUUCAACCUGGGCGGCAUGGGGUGCAGCGCCGGCCUCAUCGCCAUCGACCUCGCCAAGGACAUGCUCCAGGCAAACCCCAACGCGUACGCGUACCGCCUCCUGCACACGGUCCGGACGCACAAGGGCGCCACGGACGAGUGCUUCAAGUGCGUGUACCAGCGCGAGGACGACGUGGGCAAGGUGGGCGUGUCGCUGGCGCGGGAGCUCAUGACGGUGGCCGGCGACGCGCUCAAGACCAACAUCACCACGCUGGGGCCGCUGGUGCUGCCCCUGAGCGAGCAGCUCAAGUUCCUCAAGUCGCUGAUGAUGCGCCGGGUGUUCCGCGCCAAGGGCGUGCGGCCCUACAUCCCCAACUUCCGGCGAGCCUUCGAGCACUUCUGCGUGCACGCCGGCGGGCGGGCGGUGCUGGAGGAGGUGCAGCGCAGCCUGAGCCUGGAGGACAAGGACAUGGAGCCGAGCAGGUGCGCGCUGCACCGGUUCGGCAACACCAGCAGCAGCUCGCUGUGGUACGAGCUGGCCUACGCCGAGGCCAAGGGCCGGGUGAAGCGCGGCAACCGCGUGUGGCAGAUCGGCUUCGGGUCCGGGUUCAAGUGCAACAGCGCGGUGUGGCGCGCGCUCCGCGACGUGCCGGCCGUGUCGCCCCCGGGGCCGGAGGAGAAGGCCUGCAACCCGUGGGCGGACUGCGUCGCCAAGUACCCGCCCAAGGCCUACGUCUGA